GCGACCACCACUUCUAGUCCAGCCAGCGGGUCUCAUUCAUUGGAUGUGGAUUAUAUUCCUAAGAGAAGAAAGUUGGAUAAUGUCGUCUAUCAAAAUGACACUCCCAUGUCUCCUCAUAGUAGCUGCGCCGUGGUGACGCCAGAUGAGUCUACCCACCAUGCAGAACAUGCUAAGGUCAUCAUACAAAGCGAGCUUGAUGGGAACGAGCGUAUGAAUCAGGAGCGACAGUCGAUCCUGAAGUCGGCAUUAGAUUUCGUGAACUCAAUGACACACGGACAAGCGUCGAAUCUGAGUGAGAAUGAUAUCUCAGUUGAUUUCCCCCAAGAUCAUUGCUCAGAGAUCAUCGAAUCUAUCGCUCCAGCACCGGAAUUAUUUUAUAUGCUCAUGAGAGAGCCAACUGUAACAUCUGGAAGCCCCCAUUACAUCCAAUGGCCUGACCAUAUUUCAGAGAAAACUCUGCGUAUGAUAGUCUCACUCUUUCUGAGAAGCAAAGACCAGAAUCAGCUCUUCUACCAAUACUGUAUCUGUGUUUAUGUGAAGGCAAUUUUUCGACUCUACCAUAUGCCCAGGGGCUAUAGGGAUCCGAUGAUGAACGCACAGUUUCUUCAGUCAAAGAGGAGAUAUGAAGCCUGUGCACUUCACGCCCUUCGAAAUCUCAAUUUCCUAAACAGCCCAUCUCUUCCUUUUAUCCAGUCUUUAAUAUCUGCAGCAUUCUUGAUGCAAUACCAAGGUAAUAUGAGCCAAGCCUGGGUUUAUACUUCUUACGCCUCCCGCCUGAUUACAGUCUUGAAUUACCAUGAAAUUCGAGCACCGAACCGACACUCAGACUUCGAUGAAGAGAUCAACAGUUGUUUAUAUUGGUGCUUCUAUCUUGAUCGAACGCUGAGUUCCCUUCUCCAUCGGCCUUUAUCAUUGCCCGAACUUCAUAUUUCGCCAAGAGAUCUCGUCAGCGAAGAAGAUAAACCUCUGCCACAUAUGCCAUUAAUUCGAAUUCUUGUAGACCUAGCUCAGGUGCAGGGCGACCUUCUUAACUUGAAAAAUUUGAAAGACACUCGCGAACUACUGUCCAGACAUUCAAAGCUGCAAGACAGAAUGAGUGCAAUACACUCUUAUUUGCAAUCUAGUCGAAGCGCUGCUCCUGACUUGAUCAGUGCUGACUGGAUCGGUAUGGAAUUUUGUCAUUUCGCUAUUUUAGUAGACAUUCUUCGAUCACGAUUGAGAUAUGCGUUUUCGCCCCUGACGCAUCGGGAGUGUGUAUCGUAUUCCCGAAAAUCCUUGAAGGCCUUGCAAUAUCUGCUGAACCAUCUCACGGAAAGUCCGGGCUUUGUGGACCCGUACCCAACAUUUCUUACAUGGACAAUCUUUCUCUAUCCACUAAGUCCCUUUUUCGUCCUCUUCUGUAACAUCAUCGGUGAGCUAGACAUUGAUGACUACAACCUCAUCCAAGACAUCACGCAAAGCCUGUCUCAAUUCACAGCCAGUCCCUAUAUUGUUAAGUUGCUCAAACUUCUGGACUCCCUCCAGCACCUUUGCGAGCCCUUGGUUCACGCUAAGCAGCAUUUAUGCCCGCAAAGUAGCGUUGCACCGUGGUACCCGAUUACAGCUGGUGAAAUGCUAGAACCAAUUACUGUGACUGACACAGGUCCUGAGAUGGGAAAAUCGUAUAUGACUCCUGCAGUCGAAUUGAAUGCCCAGCAGACACAGCCUCUCGGCAGUACAUCACAACUCCAUGCUGAUGAGCUUAUGUGGCACUUGUUUAAUAGCCAGCCGUCACUGGAGUGGUUCGAGUCGGAUCUUACGUCUUUUGAGCCAAAUUGA